AUGGGGAUUAGAUUUAUACUAUUGGUAAAUAAACAAGGCCAAACUCGUCUUGCACAAUAUUUUGAAUACAUAAAUCUUGAUCAGAGAAGAAUUCUUGAAGGUGAAAUUGUCAGAAAAUGUCUUACUCGUACUGAUCAACAAUGCUCGUUCGUUGAGCAUCUGAAUUAUAAAGUUGUGUAUAGAAGAUAUGCAUCACUCUUUUUCUUGAUUGGUGUUGAUGAUGAUGAGAACGAGCUAGCGAUAUUGGAAUUUAUACAUUUGCUAGUGAAAACCAUGGACAGUCAUUUUGGGAAUGUGUGCGAACUAGACAUAAUGUUCCAUUUGGAAAAGGUGCAUUUCAUGCUGGAGGAAAUGGUCAUGAAUGGGUAUAUUGUUGAGACGAGCAAGUCAAAUGUUCUUGCUCCAAUACAGCUUAUGGAGAGAACUGCAUAAUUGUCCUGAACCAGCCUGUUAUUUUACUUCUCUUAAAGCUUCGCCUCACGACCUUUUGGUUUGUUGAUAUUUAGGGAUUUCCAGGUGACGAAGUCUUCUCUUUUUGUAGAACCCUUACCUAAGAUAGUUUAUUUUUCAGGUAAUUGGUGUAUAAAAUUACAGAACCUUCAGGGGUCUCGCCUUAAUAAUAUGUUACUCUGGCAACUUUGUCAU